AUGCCUCUCGGGUGGAAUUGCAAAUGGAGCGUGACCCGGGGGGCUCUGCGGCACAUCGCAAGGGCUUCGUCCCUCCCCCUGAGUGCUACCUCCAGACCGCCUCGAAAGCUUACAAACUCGUUGAGCGGCGUGGGACAGGGAAUGUCAUUUCUGACUAAACGGGACGAUCUCAUGAUUUCACCCACACAACCUGUGACGGCGCGCCUUUUGGAGACUGGGGGGUCGCUGUUUGAGGAGAUGAACCCUGUUCGGGACGAAGGAAGACCGGACUCGUCGGGCAGCUUUGUGGGAUUCCCUCUGAGUGAGGGGGUCGUUGUGGUGAACUAGUUUGCGGGAUGGUGCCUGCGGCAGGCAAAGGCGCUUCGCCCGCCAGCGCCCCAGAAGCAUGCCAUAAUCCGCAGACCGCCGCUUCGGGCGGAGUACAUUUGCAAAUAACAGCGGUGAUAAUGCCACUUGGGCGGCCAGCGCCGGGAAAUUUUGAUCGAGAACAGCCUAGAGGGCACGUGACGGGCUAUGACGGGCGAUGACGGCACCCUGCAUGGAUAUGGCUUUCUCCACACGGCCGGCAACGAGCAGGCCUCGCAGCGUUUUCUUCAGCGCAGCCAGCCAAGCAGCACCGUUGGCCUGCUUCCCUGCCCAGCCCGGGCGCAUGGGUCACGGAGCUCGAGCCUUUCGGGCGACUCUUGGGGUGAGAAUGCCCCUCCAUGUAUGCAUAAAAUCGGGCUUAUGGCCGUUGAUUCCAAUUGCAUCCAGGACGGAGCGCGCGCUUUGACGGCGUUGCUCAAAUGCCUGUAGGCACUGUUGCUGCGAGUUGUUCCUCGUCUGCUGCCGAGAGCUUUGUGUGGAAUCAUGUCACUGAGAUAAGGGUGGAAGGGCUACAGCGAUGCCAUUGAGUUCCCAUUUCGUGAUGGCUGAUGGCCCAGCUGGUGCGGGAUAAAAUUGAACUUGACUACGGAGCACUCUGCAUAGAGCCAAGGUGCUUUAGCUGCGACGCGUAGCUUACUAUUGUUCCAUUGCUCUGGCUUGUGAACCCUCAUCAGCCUAAUAAUAAUAACUGGGGAAAAGAUUGGGUC